AAAAAUAAAAAGAAAACAGCAUGAUCGGUGGAGACACGAAGGUUCUGAACAGAGGAACAAGAUUCCAUUUUUCUCACAAAUCUGUACAGAAUCAGUGCUUCUACUCUGUUCCAUUUAGUCUUUGUUUCAUUUCUUCGACUUCCAUUCACAAAAUUGUGAAAUUAAACAUCACAAAGCCUCUGAUCAUCAAAAUCCACCACUUCCCCACCAAAAACCCAUUAAAAUGGGAUACAGAUUCCACCGUCUCAAUCCCAUGCUUCAAUCCUUCUAUUCCAGGAUUUCCCCACCAACCCGCAACGAAUUUCAUUCAAUUCCCUCAUUUCAAUCUCUCAAUCUACAUCCCCAAAUCACAUUACUAGGAAUCUAUGAUGAUCCCAAGAGCAAAAUCUGCAGAAGGUGGCAUUUGGGUCACUCGCACCGCCAUGACGAUGAUCAUCGAUUUGGCCAAGAGGGUGAGAAUAUUUUCAAGUUGGGUCUUGGAGCUGACAUUGGAUUGGCUGUGGGGAAGGCUGUGACGGGCUAUUUAUCAGGAAGCACAGCUAUUAUUGCUGAUGCGGCUCAUUCGGUUUCUGAUGUGGUUCUUAGUGGCGUUGCUUUAUGGUCAUUUAAAGCUGGGAAAGCUCCCAAAGACAAGGAGCAUCCAUAUGGACAUGGUAAAUUUGAGACUCUGGGAGCCCUUGGAAUCUCUACCAUGCUCUUAGCAACUGCUGGUGGCAUUGCUUGGCAUGCUUCUGAACUUUUACUGGGCUUGUUGUCAGCAGCUCCUGAAAUAGUCAAUCAGCCUUUUGGACUUGAAAGUUUGCAUAACCAUAGCCAUAGCCAUGGUGAACAUCAUCAUGGAAUUGACAUGGAUCAUCCUAUUCUAGCGUUGAAUAUGACUAUUAUAUCAAUAUGUAUCAAAGAAGGGCUUUACUGGAUAACGAAACGAGCUGGGGAAAAACAAGGAAGUGGACUCAUGAAAGCAAAUGCAUGGCAUCACCGUGCUGAUGCGAUAUCGUCUGUAGUUGCUCUCAUUGGUGUUGGAGGUUCCAUCCUUGGGGUGAAGUUUCUUGAUCCCUUAGCAGGACUCGUUGUCUCUGGCAUGAUUCUAAAGGCUGGACUUCAAACUGGACACCAGAGCAUCUUGGAAUUAGUGGAUGCUGCAAUCCCAGCAGAUCAAAUUGAUCCUUUCAAACAAACAAUACUGCAAGUUGAGGGUGUCAAGGGCUGCCAUCGGCUAAGAGGAAGGAGAGCUGGCUCUUCUUUGUAUCUUGAUGUGCACAUCGAGGUUGAUCCUUUUUUGAGUGUCAGUGCAGCCCAUUCUAUAGGUGAAAAUGUUCGUCAAAAGAUUCAUACUUCCCAUCCCGAAGUAUCCGAAGUAUUUAUACAUAUAGAUCCCUCCAUAUCACAUUUUCCACCCAAGUUAUCAAACAAGCAGGCAAGUUCAACAGGAACUUCAAAUCAAAGUACAAACUUCCUUCUCACUGAGAAGAACAUUGAAGCAACCGUUUCCGAUAUCAUCCUGUCAAAAUUUCCUGAGAACAUGGUGGUUGAACGAAUUACACCCCACUUGUUGCAAGGCAAGAUCCUCCUCCAAAUCGAGGUCUCGAUGCCUCCCGACUUACUAAUUCGAAAUGCGAUGGAUGUAGCAAAACGAGCAGAAAAUGAGAUCUUGAAAGCAGAUUCUAACAUUGUUCAUGUUAGCAUUCAACUUCGUUUGGGACAUCAAAUUCCACAACUCAGCCACUAAUGACAUACCAAAGGGACAUUCCAUAUUACAUUGUAUACCAAUAUAAUUUAUUCUUACUCAAAUAAAUUUUUGUCACUUAGAUUAAGAGAGAUACCUUUGCCAAUGUUUCAACCAAACAAUAUUCCCACCCAAAUGAUUACAAUUGUAACUUGUAAUUUUGAUGUUCUAGACAAUUGCAAUGCUUAAUUCAUUUGUUGUAUUGUAUUUA